AUGAUCAAAGACAAUCAUGUGGAUGCGUGUGGAUCUCAUACGGAGGCCAUCACCAAAGUGCAUCAAUAUCUCAAAGACAAUAAUCUAGAUCUCGAUAUCACCGUCGAAGUAAGAAACCUAGUAGAACUUCAUGAAGUAUUGGAUAAAGGUGGUAUCACUCGUAUCAUGAUGGACAAUUUUGAAUUGCCGAUCCUAAGAGAAGCAGUAGCCCAUGUGGAUGGUAGAUUUGAAACAGAAGCAUCAGGUGGAGUGACAUUACAUACAGUGCGUAAGAUUGCUGAGUCUGGGGUAGAUUAUAUCUCUGUAGGUGCUUUGACGCAUUCUGCUGGCACGCUUGACCUCAGCUUAAAAGUGAUCAAAGACUAA